AUACACAGUCUUGGACAGCUCCUUGAGUAGAGGUAGUGGGGAACGCUGUUUUCGAGUUACUAGCGUGAGGGGAAUAAGUUAGCACUUUUGAUCUAAGUUGAUAGCAUUGUGUUAUGUAUUAGCCAAUCAGCGCUAGUCUUGACACGCCCCUCGAAUAUUCGUUUUCGGUGACUGAAUGCGGGUUAGAGGGUAAACAGUUUCGAUAAAUUUUUCAUUGAUUUCGUAAUUUUUAUUGAUUGAUGCUCUGAUCGACGCUCGUAAAAUUUUUCAAUCAUUUAAAAUGACGGAGCAACAGAUGGAUUGUGCACUGGAUUUGAUGAGAAGGUUGCCACCACAGCAGAUAGAAAAGAAUUUAAGUGAUUUAAUAGAUUUGGUGCCGACUCUCUGUGAAGAUCUCUUAUCCUCUGUUGAUCAGCCAUUGAAAAUUGCAAAAGAUAAAGAAUCUGGGAAGGAUUAUUUACUUUGUGAUUACAAUAGAGAUGGAGAUUCCUAUAGAUCUCCUUGGAGCAAUACAUAUGAUCCUCCAUUAGAAGAUGGUUCAAUGCCUUCUGAAAGACUCAGAAAGUUGGAAAUAGAUGCAAAUCAUGCAUUUGAUCAAUAUAGGGAACUUUAUUUUGAAGGUGGAGUUUCUUCUGUGUAUCUUUGGGAUUUGGAUCAUGGUUUUGCAGCAGUGAUUCUUAUUAAAAAAGCUGGAGAUGGUUCUAAGAAAAUUAAAGGUUGUUGGGAUUCUAUUCAUGUGGUGGAAGUUCAAGAAAAAUCAACUGGGAGAGCUGCACAUUAUAAAUUAACUUCUACGGCUAUGCUUUGGUUACAAACUAACAAGCAUGGAUCUGGAACAAUGAAUCUUGGAGGUAGUCUUACCAGACAGGUUGAACAAGAUGCUCUAAUAAGUGAAAGCUCUCCACAUAUUGCUAACAUUGGACGUAUGGUUGAAGACAUGGAAAAUAAAAUUCGAAAUACCUUAAAUGAGAUAUAUUUUGGAAAAACGAAAGAUAUUGUGAAUGGAUUAAGGUCUGUACAAUCUUUAGCCGACCAGAGACAACAAGCUGCCCUCAGACAGGAUCUGGCAGCUGCACUUCAAAGGAGAAAUGCUAAUAAUUGAUCCUACGAGGAACAUCAGUUAUCCUCUGAUUCUGAAGAGUGUCAAUAAAAAGAAAAAUAAGAAAGAUACUAAAUAAUCGUAAAUGAUGAAAUUAAGAUUUGAAUUGUUGCAAUUACUGUGACAACAAUUUUGGACAGUUUCCUGUGAUAUGCAGGGUGCAAUAGUAAAGAUGAAUUUUUUCUUAAAGUAUUAACCUCUUCGGUAGGCGCGUCGACUACAGUCGAUAGCCAUCCAAUUAGUAAACAUACGGCCGCGCAUCAACUGCCGUUCCGAAGAGGUUAAACAAUUCACACAAAAAAAAUGAAUAAUUGAAUAUCAAUUAUUAAUUAUGUCGAGAUUUGAAAUAAAAUAUUAAGAGACAUUACGAGUGUCUAAGUUUUAUAUAUAUAGGAUGUGUUUAAAGGUAUGUAACAUCUUAAAUUGAUGUUAAUUAGAAAACAUUCAAAUUGUAUUAUUUUCAUAGAAUGCAGUGUUUAUGUUCCAUGAUUUUCUUUCGAAAUACAUAUAUAACAAAUUCACGUACUUACACUUCAUCUCAUUGUGCACUCUUUUUUUGUAUUAUUUUUAUUAAUUCAAUCAUGCACGUAUUAAAUAUGAAUUUAUAAAGCAUUAUUACGAUGUUCCAUACAUUUUCAUAGUUUUAUGCAUUGUUUAUUUUUAAUUUUAUAAAUCGCUAUGUACCUUGUUGUUCUCGUUGAAAAUUUGACAUACGGGAACGUACAAGGCUAUCAUAGUAUUAGUUAAUGAAUUUUUUAAAACGAAAUAAUACGAUGUUAUAAAUCUGGUUGACCAUAUACGCUAUAUUCAGUCUGUGUAGGUUUUCAGUUACAAAAACAUGUUCUUGUACUUGUAUAAAUGCGUCUAAUUUUUGCAACAAAUAAAUUAUAAAAGAAUUAAGAUUAAUGCACGUAUAGACACAUUCUUGUUCCGUGUUACAUAUCUUUCGACAUGUUCUACAUGUGUGUAUGUGUGUUUUUCGUGUGUGUAUGUGAUGUGUGAAUGUGUGUGAUAAGUGUGCAGCGCUCGUAUAAGCGUGAGACAAAUAUAUAUAUAUAUACACACAUAUAUGUUACAUAUAUGUAUGUAUAUACAUAUACAUGUAAUGGCACUCGUAAUGUUUUUUUAAUCCUUAAUAAUUAUUAAUAAUACAAAAUAUAAGAGUAUUAAUGUUUGAAAAUGUAGGAAUAUUAAAGAGAAUAUUUGCGAAUAAAUUUCUAACAGUCUCUUUCAUGACUUCCUAUCCAGUUAGUUAAAGGAAUUAAAAAACAAAUUCGAGACAUCGUAAUUCUGUAUAAAGUGAAAAUAUUCACGAACAAAAUUCAUUAAACAAAAUAACUUAAAAUACUUUUGAAUUAAGUUUGUUAAAAAAAAAUAAUAAAUAUUAAUGUUAAAAAACAAGUUGUGAAGUAUAUGAAUUUUUUUAUUUGUUUACUGCAAUUGAAUUUAUUUUUUCGUUGAUUAUUAUCAGCAUUAAUUUUUACGUCAAUUAUUCUAAUAGCACUUCAGUGAAAUUAUAAAAUUAUAAAUAUAAAAGCACUACUAAUUACAAAAUUAUGAAUUCAAUGUAUAUAUGUAUUUCUAAUGUAUAAUUUCCAAUAAAAAUAUUUCGAUACAAUUUAUGUAGCAUUAGUGAACGGAUAAACGUAACAUGAGAAACACAAUUAAAAAAAUAAAAAAGAAUUUGCGACAAAAUCAUUGAAACUUAAAGUUCUUACAAAAUGCUAUCGUAAAAAUUGAAACGAAAUACUAUUGAAAGUGACUUCAAAGCACCGACAGCUUUUUGUUUCCUUUAUUUGUCCUCCAUCAACUUCUGCCGUAUAAACAAAUGCUCGUUGGUAUUCGUUAAGUAUAUAUUUUACGUUUGUGUUUCCUGGUUCAAAUUUUAUAAUUGUGUACUUUCACAUAUAACUAUGUGUAUUUUCAUAAACUUUACCGCUGCGUGUACUUUGUAUACGUGUGUACGUGUAUAAUGUAUUUUUGCUUGUCCAUAUACACCAAUGCUGGUAUUUUUAAA